GUUUAAUAUAUUUUCUCCUUAUUUUGAAUUUAAAAUUAAAAUUUAAAAAAUUUGACUAGAAAAAUCAAAACCAAAGGAAAGACAGGGAAUUGAAAAAAUAAUAUUCCCGUCUAUGAGUAUUUGUCCACUUCUAGCUUUUUUCAAUCAAAAUUUUAAAUUUUGAUUUCAAAUUAAAUAAAAAUAAAAUCACAUACUAAUCGAGACUCUUACCAGCUAGCGCAGUGAGUGCCAACUAUGUUGCUCUACUCCGCCGCCGCGACCAUUGACUACCACCGCCUCCGCCGCCUCUCUUUCUCCCCAUCUCCACCCAACCUUCUCUCGCCCCCUUCUGGGCUCUCACGAUCGGCUCUACUGAAGCCUCCGCAGAUCCCCGCGAUCUGUUGUUCUUCAAAACCCCAUUCCCGCAGCUCUGGCACCGUUGAAUCAGAGGAGACGAAGACGCUCAAUUGGUACACUAUCUACAAGAAGAUAACCAGGGUGGGGCUCCCGCCAGAGGGCGACGCUGCUACAGUGCUAGACGAGUAUGAAAAAUCCGGCAUUAAGAUCGCAAAAUUCGACAUUUCCCGCAUAAUUAAGGAACUCCGGAAGGCCGGGCGUCCCAAACAUGCCCUUCAGGUUCACGAGUGGGUGAAAGAUAGAGCAGAUGUGUAUCAUCUAACUGCGGUCGACAUUUCCAUAUACUUGUAUUUGAUAUAUGAAGUUCAUGGGAUCUCAAAAGCUGAAGACUACUUCACGAGCUUGCCAGAAUCUUUGAAGAAGAAACACGUAUACCGUUCGCUCUUGAGGGUCUAUGCCCGUUCCGGAGUGAGGGAAAAGGCUGAAUCUCUGUUCGAAGAGAUGCGAAACCGAGGCUAUGCCAGCACUAGUGCGCAUCCUUAUAAUGCGAUGAUGGACCUUUACCUUAAACUCAAGGAUUAUGACAAGGUGGAGGGCAUGAUUGUGGAAAUGGUUGAGAAGAAUAUAUUAGACGUGUUUUCUUAUAAUGUCUGGUUGAGAUGUUGUGGCCUUCAAGGAUCUGCGGAGAAGAUGGAACUAGUGUUUGAGAGAAUGAAGAGGGACCCGAGUGUCAUUCCAAACAAGAAAACACAUAUAGCAAUGGCUUCGAGUUUCAUUGAGAUGGGAGAGUUGGAAAAAGCCAAAGAUUGUUUGAAAAGGUUGGAGCUCGGAAUCAAAGACCGCAUAACUUACCAUUAUCUCAUUAGUCAUUAUGGCAAUGUUGGUGAUAGGGAAGCCAUACACCGUGUUUGGAAUGUCUACAAGUCGAAAUUCUCCUACAUCCCAAACACGGGUUACCAAUCUGUAAUCUCUUCUCUUCUACGGGUGGAUGACAUUGAAAGUGCUGAAAAAAUGUUCGACGGGUGGAUGUCAGCCAAGACUCGCCACGACCCCAACAUAGUGAAUCAUCUGCUGAGUUGGUAUUUGAAGAAGAAGCAAUUGGAGAAGUGUGAAAGUGUCUUUUCCUCAACAGUGGACGCGGGAGGGAAGCCAGACACUUAUACACUGGAUAUCAUGGCUCAAGUGCAUAUCAAGAAGGGGAGAAAAAUGGAAGCUUUGUCUUGCUUUAGAGAUGCUGCCUCAGCAGAAGGAUCAAGCAGCUGGAGGCCCAGUAAUGCUACUAUAGCUUCUUUUAUAAAGCUCUGCGAUGAAGAAGAUGACGUGAAAAGUAAGGAGGAGCUGGUUGAGGUUUUGAGUGGAACGGGAUGUUUCAAAUACGAGGAUUAUGUGUCUUAUGUUGCUUCACAAAACGGUUUGGGCGGAGAUAGGAAGACCGAAAGUGAGAAAGAUGGGGAUGAAAUGAGUGAGCCCUUCUACCCAUUGGAGUUUUAGAAAAUCUAACUUGCUGCUGUUUGUUUGACCUGCUGUAUCAUUUUGUCAGGUGUGACUCUUGAUGUCCCUCUUUGAAAAAAAAACAUUUUAAGAUUCUUGAGAAAAAGUUCCUUUCUUGGCCAAAUUUCUUUAACAUGAGGUGUUUGUUUUUAGAUAAAUUGGGAAAUGGUACAUUUACCUUAGAGAUGGUGAUACAUGUGUGUUGAUUUUGCUUCUCAGAACGGUUCCAGUGACACUAAAGUUCGGUGUCAUCU